GGGGUCUAGCUGGGGCUGGGACCGUCGAUGAAGCGCAGGGGGAGCUCAUCAGCAGCUGUGACACAUCAGUGCAGGAGAAAUGGCGGAGGGAGAAUUGGUUCUUCCUUCCUUGAAGGCAGCUUGGUAAAGUCGCGCUGCCCCUCGCCCUGCAGAUGCACUGAGGAGUCAGUGCUGGAGCUGGGAGGGCCGCCUCCACCCGCCUGGAAGGCUGGGAGGGCAGAGCCCUGGGUCUGGCGCGGAGGGAGCGGGCUGCUUCCUGGGCUGGUUCCUGUGAUGGUGAAUGGGUGUCCCAGGCGGAUCGGGUGUCAUCGCUGUGUCCCUUCCGGCUCUCAGAGCGAAUAGCCGUAAGCCUGCCCUCUGCCCUUCUUUCCUGGUAGUGCUGCCCCAGGUGUUGACUACACCGGGCUGCAGCCGGCCCUGAGCUCAGCCCCCGGGGCUCCCCCUGGGUUGACCACUCGUGAAUUCGUGGGCUGGGCGUUCUGAGGACCCCUCGAGGAAAGGGAGGUGGGGUCCCAGGGUUUCCUGGCUGUGGGUCAGCUGUGGUCUCCGGCCCGACCCCGCCAGCCUGAGUGGCCACUGACCUGAGCUGCAUGGGGCCUGUGGAGGGUGGCUCGACUUCCUCUGUUGGUAAACUCAGGCUUAAUUGUGUUAUUCGAGGGAGUUUGGUUUGGGCCUUAAAUAAUCUUUAUUUUUUUUUUGGCCACGCUGCAGGGCUUAUGGGAUCUUAGUUCCCUGACCAGGGAUGGAACCUGGGCCCUUGGCGGUGAAAGCGCGGAGUCUUAACCACUGGACCACCAGGGAAGUCCCUGGGCCCUAAAUUAAAUUGGUCGCUGUGCAGAGUCAGGAUUUUAGGUUUGGUCGAAAAGAUGCUAAAAGCCAGAGGUGAUUAACUUGCCACAGAGGAACCCUUGAAGCUUAAUUUUUUUCACCCCAACACAGGGUGUCUCUUUAUAGACAUAAUUCAUAUGAAUUAUAAAUUAAUUAUAGUUAAUUACAAAUUGAUUUAUAUUAUAAAUAAAUUACGUCUUUAUUGACAUAAUUUAUAGUAAUUCUCAAUAUGCUUAGACAAUUUAAGCCAGUGACUUUUACACAAGUAACUGGGGGGAAAAAGACUGUAAAAGUUGAAUUUGUAGCCAAGACAAAAAACCUGAAUCCCUUAUUACUAGAAGUCACUGAAGUAUUUUUCCUGUAUUUUGGUGGUAAGCUGCUGCUUUUGUAAACGCAAGUUCGUGUGCGGGAUGCACACUGAGGCCAAACAAACUGAAACACCAGAGUCUGGAGCAGAGAAAGGCGUAUUGCAGGCCCUGCACGGAGAUGAGGUGGCUUCUGCCCUGAAAAGCCUCGAGCUCCCCGGGUUUCGGCAAAGCAUUUUUAAAGGCCGGGCGAGGAAAGGGGCGGGGGGGGGGGGUGGUCGCAGGGUACGCGAUCAGGUCGUGCACGAUUUUCUGAUUGGCUGAUGCUGAGGGAACAGGGCGCUGUCACAGGGGUUCGCAGGACCAGUCCUUAGGCUCCAGGAGGCCUGGGGCUACGCGCUCGCUCCUGGCCAUCAAGUGGUUAACGUCUUCCAUUUGGUGGGGGAGGCUUUCACAUCUGCAAAACAACUUCAGGAAAUGUGCAUCAAUUACUAUCAUCUGGGUACUUCGGAGAGGAGCUAAAGCAGAGGCUGUGGGGGAAGGCCUGUACCGGGAAGGCCCCCAUGGUGUCCUGCCCGGUUGCACUGUCAUUCACUUAAAGACAGUUAAUAAGCGGGUGUGUGCAAGUGUUACGAUUGGCUGUGGCCUCGGGGUUAUGUUGAUAAGUUAGACCUGUUUGCUGUUCUGGGGAAAUUAGUCUUGAGGGGAAUGAGCUAUAGUCACUUAGUUUUUAAACUUUUUGUUUUGAAAUAUCAAUAGUUAUGGGUCCAGGGGCAGUUGUAAAGAAGCGUCCUGGAGGUGCGUCCUUGCCCCGCCGCCCAGUGUGGGCGUCUGCGUGAGAUGCCCAGACACGCAUCCCCACCAGGAAACUGGCUUCCGAGCAGCCACGGAGCUGAUUCGUGUGUGUGUGUGUGUGUGUGUGCGCGUGCGUGCGCGCUUGUGUGCGGUUCUGUGCAGUCGGAGCUCACGUAGCACUUCCUGGACCCCCCACCGUGGUCCCCACAGGAGCCAUGUCCUCGCCCCAGAGAGCCCCUUGGGCUCACCCUUGGCCGCGCACCCGUCUGUCGUGUUAGGGUCCUUACAUAGGUGGAGACUGCCCUGGGCAGCCUUCUGAGAUUGGCUUUCUCGCCCUGCGUGACCCCCUUGAGACCCAUCCGAGUCCCCCAGCCACUGGUCACUCCUCCGCGCUGUGUGCUGGCACCUGAGUGGCAGCCUCUCUUCGCCUGAAGGGCUUGGUUUCCAGUGUGGGGCCCUGACGAGUGGAGCUGCUGUGGACGUUCUGGAGGUGAGAGCUACGACCUUGAAAGGAGAUUCAGACGACAGGGGACCUUUUUCCGUCUGUGGCACGAUGUUUGCGCGAGGGCUGAAGAGGAAGUGCGCGGAGGACGAGGAGGCCGCGCCCGCGUACAGUCUGCAGCGCCAGUCGCUCCUGGACAUGUCGCUGGUCAAGCUCCAGCUGUGCCACAUGCUGGUGGAGCCCAACCUGUGCCGUUCGGUCCUCAUCGCCAACACGGUCCGGCAGAUCCAAGAGGAGAUGACCCAGGACGGGAGCUGGUGCGUGCCGGUGCCCCAGACCGCGGGGCGGGCGUCACGCGACCGCCUGGUGUCCACGGAGAUCCUGUGCCGCUCGGCGCGGGAGGGGGCGCGCCCGGCCCCUGACCCCGGAGACCCGGCCUCUGAGCUCCAAGUGGUCCCAGCAGCACAGGCUCCCGGGGCCCCUCCCGGGGCCGUUUGGGAUGGGGACGGUCCUCGAGAAAACAGAGGAAGCUUUCACAAGUCGCUCGAUCAGAUAUUUGAGACACUGGAGAGUCAAAGCCCCGGUGCGGUGCAGGAGCUGUUUUCCGACGUGGACGGCUCCUACUACGACCUGGACGCCGUGCUGACCGGCAUGGUGGGCGGUGCCAAGUCGGGCCAGGACGGGCUGGAGGCCUUCGCCGCCACGGCCGCCCCGUCCCCCAGUGCCGGCUGCAAGUCGGACCUGGGCGAGCUGGACCACGUGGUGGAGAUCCUGGUGGAGACCUGAGCCGCGGCCGCGGCACACAGCAGAUGUGUUUGCGAGGCCCACGAAAGCAGCCGGCGUGCUGGGGGUGUGGGUGCCCGCUGCCCUGCAGCCGGGGCUGGCCUCUGGUUUGUCUGCGAUUAGGAGACCGACCCAGAACAGCAUCCGGUCCGCCCGCUCCCCCCUCUCUCCCUCCCUCCCAGGGCUGGGCUGCUUUCCCGCAGGCCGGUCAUCGCGGCUGCCCUGGGCCCUCGUCUGUGUCCUGCUACGGCCCCGCUGGAGGAUGCCAGCCCCCUUCCGCAUCCAGCCUCAUCCAACUUUAGAUAGGUGAAUUUUCUAAAAUUAAGUUUUAUAUGUUUUGGGCAAUAUUUUGUCUUAAGAUAUAUUUUUAAACUUUUAAUACUUUUAUCACUUUAGAUUUUUUUAGCUAUUUUCUUAAAAAUAUAUUUUUUCUAUAAACAUUCUCUGCUGCUACAUUAGAAACUUUUAUAACCUAAACAGUUGCAGUUGGUGUAUUUCAUUUUUUUUAAGGUUUAACACACACUGUUCUUUUUCCAACAAGCGUCACUGCCCUGAGUCUGCCGUGUCCACACAUUGUGAUUUCCACUUUAGACUCGGGUGUGAGCCUUGCCCAUACCCACUGCUGCGGUCAGAGCGAGGUCAGAGUUGAAGGCCUUGCACGGUGGUGCCUUUACCAGAUCUGCUGUGCGAGCCACGUCUCAGUUAGACUUCAGUGUAGAUUUUGGAGGGUUUUAUUUAUGCCUAUUUAUGUUUAAGUGUCUUCAGAGCCGACGGUCAGGUACGGUCUACCUGGAGAUCAUGCGUGCCCUGAGGUGUCUUGGGCGGUCCUCCAGAGGGUCUGUGACUCGGGGCCCCUCCUGCGCGGGUUCCCAGCACAGCUGACCUUCCUCCCGAAGAUGCUGCCCUCCGCGUGCCCCUGCCUGGCCGGGCUGCUGGACCCGCGUCAGCAGGGCCAGUGUGCCAGUGUGUUUGGGGAAGGCGCGUGUCCGUGCACCACUGGAUUGGAGAGUGGUGGCAUAAGUUUAAGUCUAGGGUUACAGAAGUCUGUACCCAUGUCAUCUGUGGGCCCUCGAUCUUGAGGGUCGUUGACGGUGGGGUUGGCUGGGUGGUGUGUGUGCCCUGUGACCCUGCCCCAGGCACCGAGACCGCCCGCGACUUUUAGAUCUUUUUCACUUGUUUGCAAGUGAGACUGCACUCUCUCUGCACACCCACCUCACGUUUCCCGUUUCUCGUGCUUUUUCUUCCUUCUCCAGCCCUUAGCCAAAAAGGGUUGUUUUCUUUUGCGCAUGUGCCAUUCUUAGUGGUGUGCACCUCAUUUUAUUAAAAAAUUAUCCAACAAAGUGGAAAUGUGUUGUCAAUUAUCUACCAUGUCGUAGUCCUCGAGUGGGUCUUUUUACCCUAGCUGAGUUCAGCCAGAUUAUCUAAGGGAGACUGUGGGGCUGCGAAGGGAUUCCCCGUGGGUUGUUGACAGGCAGGCGGUGGGACGACUUCAUCACCUGACCUCGCAGGGCUCUGAGGCAACUCUCCCCACCCCAGCUCUUGUGGCAGAAGACAGGUGAGGGGCAGCGCCCUUGGAUUUGGGCCGAUGGUGGGAGCCUAGCCUGGUCAGGAAGCUGUGGGUGAGAGGCAGGCUGUGGCUCUCAACAUCCAAGGGUUGCUUCCUUCCGAGUUUGAAAGUAUUUCCUUGUGGAAAGUAGCUUAAGUAUGUUUUAUAAGCAACAAACCUAAAGCGGUACUUUGUGUCUUUAUGGCAUUUCUAUCUUUUUAAAACAUUUGCUCAGUUUCAGGGUAGCUACAGUGUCUUAUCUGGCAGCCUUCCGCAGUAUGACACAGGCAGGGCUCAGGGUGGGGAGCGGGCAGCGCCUAUAGCCAGGCUUCGGCUUUAGGGUUCCCAACCCCUGAGAGGCUGAGACCCCAGCCUCCUUUCUGCCCUUGCUAGUGACCCCUCCUUCCUCCCUUUGCUCUUCGGGUUCUUUCCAGCCACCCACUCAUUUCGGCAGCUCCAUUGAGGUGCUGAUGGCCUAGAUGUCCCGGGCAGGGCGAGGUGGGGCCCCGCUGGACACCGAUUCCUCUGGAAGCAUCCGAGUUUCUCCAGAGAGGAGCAGAGGCAGGUGGCCAGUUGCUGACAUUGGAUUUGAAUUGACUAUGGAAGUGCGGUGCGGGGCGGGGCUUUAAACCCCCGUGUGCCUGUGGUCACGUGUCUGUAAACGUUGGAAAAGGAAGGCUGCUGCCUUCACCCCACCUCCUCUCCUGGGCUGGUCCUGGGCUCCGGGUAAGGAAGCUGGGUUUGUGCGGAGCGAGUCAUGGUGUGUGUUUGCAGUUGCUUCUGAGCACAGCUGAGCUCCGGCCAGCUCCUCCCCCGGAAGGACUUGGAAUUCGCUUGCUGCUGUCUGCAGGGCCUGAUGUCCCGGGAGCACGUGGAGGGAGGGGAAGUGGGGUUUCGUGGAGGGAGGCAGCAGCCAGCCCUCGAAAGGAAAGACUCUGGAGGGGUUCCCAGCCCUGAGGACAGUUCAAGGUACAAGCCUUGGCCAGUGGCAGGUCCUCACACUGAAACUUCUGAACCGUCGCUAAUAAACAUACAUCGAGUUAUCUUUAUGGACAGUAAGUGAUAUGAGAUUAUCAUCACACACGAGAAGGUGAUUAAAAAGCUCGUAGGCAAUGCAGGUUGAAGUACUGAGAUGUGUCAGGCAGUGAUGAAUCCCAGUUCUGUUACUUUUCUGGAGUUUGUGAAUUCCACUCUAAGCACUGCUUGCGUUGCUUCCCUCCAUAUUUUGAUGUUGUAUUUUCCUCGUCAUUCAUUUUUAGAAUAAACGUUGUCA